GUGUGGAGUCACUGAUCUGUACUUCUGAACAAACUCACUGGCAGAGAAUUAGUGGUUGGAUACACAAUCUCACACUGAUAUGACACGGCAAAGAGGACUCACACUGUACAUGCGAUGUCUGUUUGUCUUGUUUGUUGUUGAGACUCAAGUUUCCUGUGUGGAAUUAACUGUAAUUAAUUGCACCCCCAAUAAUACACUGUAUAAACAAGUUGAAAAUGCCCUUUGGAGUAAAAACAUACGCCCUGUUGCACAUCCAAGCGAUGUUCUAACUGUGAAACUAGGCCUUACUAUUGCGGGAAUCCCGGAUGUGAGUGAAAAGGACCAGGUCAUGACAGUAUUUAUGAUAUUAACAAUUGACUGGUUAGUACCGUUUCUGAAGUGGGAUAUCAAUACGUGUGGAACAGAGAAAAUCUCAUAUCCAGUGUCUGAUCUGUGGCUGCCGGAUAUAGAAAUUAAAGAGUUAAUGGAUAAAGACAGUAAGCAGAGCAUUCCCUACCUACAGAUAAAUUACACUGGAGGGCUUCAUUUAGUCAAAGUCAAAAGAGUUCCUGUUUCGUGUCAGUUGAAUAUCUACAGGUUUCCGUUUGAUGUCCAGGAAUGCUCAAUUACUUUCCUUUCCCUCAUUCAUGAAGAAGAUGAAAUGAUCCUAACUUCUAAAUCAGUGGAAUUUUCUACAAAGUCAUCUGUAGGUUCUGAUUCGGGAUGGAAACUCGAAAAUUUGGCAAGCCGUAAUUACACUUAUACUCUUACCAGCAAACGGUCUUUUUCUUGUCAGGAGUACAAUCUAACCCUUAGACGUGAGGCCAGUCUCUAUGUGGUGAACCUCCUUGUCCCCAGCUGUUUCCUGAGUCUGUUAGACCUGUGCAGUUUCAUCUUGCCUCCUCAAAAUAUGGAUCGCUCCGCUUUCAAAAUGACCCUUAUCCUCGGCUACACUGUCUUUCUGAUCAUCACUAAUGUUCUGCCUAACAGUGUCUACCCUACUCCUCUAAUAAAUGUGUUUUUUUCUCUCAGCUUGGGGCUGAUGGUAGCCAGCCUUUUGGAGACAAUGUUAAUUGUUAACCUCAGUAACUUCCCAAACAAAUACCCCAAAGUACCCCGUUGGGUGCAUGUUCUCAUUCUGGACUUCUUGGGACGCCUCCUAUUCAUAUCCCACAAAUGCCCUGAUGCUCAAGUGGAAGUGGUUUUAAACUCAUAUGCAAAAGGGAAUCCAGACAUAACAGCAAUGAUGUUUUCUCACACUGGAGAAAACGAAGGGAUGGAGGGUUCUGCAGUUGUGAAUGAGCUGAAGAAAGUGGCCCAAGACUUGCUGACAAUUCGACUGAGGGUGGAAGAACACCUGAGACCCAAGCAGGCUGAGAUUGAAUGGAAUCUGAUCGCAAAUGUUAUUGAUCGCUUCUUGUUCCUGAUUUAUAUCCUCUUUGUGAUUGCAAGCUACAUCACUAUAAUUGUCUUAUGGUCCAGUUCCUAAGUGCACUAAUCAAAGUAGAAAAGGAGGAACAUGUAAAGUUAUAAAUCAAAAAUUGGUUCAAACAUUUCUUCAACUUUGAAUAAGGGUUUAUUAUUAACUAUAAGGAAGCAGCAUUAAAAAAUUUAAAAGCACAUUUCUUUAUUACAUUUAUUGAUAAUCGAAUAAAUAAAAGCUAUUUUGGAGUUGAUUAUUUUCCAAUAUUAAUAACAUCCUGAUGUUUUGUUAUUAGUGUAACUACUCUUGUUAACUUACCUUACAAAUAUUUUAUAUUACACUAUACAGACAAAAAUAUUAGGACACCUGAAUUUUCCAGACAUAUGUGUCUUUAUCAAACUUUCGCUAAACUGUACAGGACGUCUCUGGAGUGUAGUAGCAAUACAUUUUCCCUUUACCUAAACUAGGAAACCCAAAUUUGCACCAGCAAGACAAUGCCCUUGUGCACCAUGAAAACUUGAGUGGAAGAUCUUGAUUGGCCUGCUAAUGAGCUCUGACCUCAAAUGCAUUAAAUACUUUUAAGAUUAAUUGAAACACUGACUGCACCCCAGGCCUCCUUGUUACUAAAGCUUUUGUGGCUGAAUGAUCACAAAUCUCCAUAACCUUUCACCCAAAUCUCAAAAAACAGCAAUUCGGGACUAGAUGUGGAAUUAAAUGUUCAAAAAGCACACGUCACCAAACUUUUGUCCAAAUAGUGUAUAUACACCUAUGAUAUUAGUAUGUUUCUUUUUUACCAGUCUCUCUUUUUCAUCUUACUUGAAAUUAAUGACGUAAAUA